AUGUGAUUUUAUUAUUUCAAAUUUUAUUUCAUUGACAAUGAUCUUCAUAAUGAUGAUGAUGAUGAUGAGACAGAUGAUACGAAUAGAUAGUGAUUAUUGGCGAACGUUUUCUUAUCAUCGAAAUCAACAUUUCAAUGAUUUCGACAAGAUUUAUAGUCCAAAGAAAUUAUAUUCAAUGACGAUGAUGAUAAAACAAUCAUGCAAAACAUUCAACAAGCUAUUUUUCAUAAUGAUGAUAUUAUCAUUAGCAUUGCAAUGUAAUACUCAUCCAAUUGAUUCGAAUCAAAAUACUACGACCACAGCAACAUUGAAAAUUGAUUCUAACAUUACGACGACGACGACGACUACGAUGAGUAUUAAACGGCAACCACCAACACAACCAUCAUAUACUUUCAAUGAUUAUAAUCAGGCAAUCAAACAACAUGCAUUCAAUAGUCCUCAUUUAUUUUGUGGUGAUCCACCACUAGUCCCGAAUGCUCAAUCUAAUCUUCAUCGACAUCAAAAACAUUUUGUUUUUCCCAUUGGACAAGAAGCUAGCUAUGAAUGUGAACAAGGUUUUCGACCUAUUAAUGAUGGUAUUGCACAAACCCGUUGUACAAUUGAUGGUAUACAUUUACCAAGUGCUGGUCAUGUUUUAUUUCCUGAUGUUUUUAAUGCGGAUCAUUCAAAUUCACCAAACAUACGACGAAAUGGUUCGAAUCGUUCGAAAAAUAGUAAACGUCUAAGUGAUGUUGAUGAUGAAGAACAUGAUUUAAAUUCAGCAACAAUAGAUGAAUCAAGAUUUGAUGAUAGUAAAUUUUUUGGUGAUAAACAUAAAAUGAGUCGUAAAAAUGAUGAUGAUGAUGAUAUUGAUGAUCUAGAUAGUAUGGCUAAUAUUAAUAAUAAACAACAACGUGCACAUUGGUAUCCAUUGGUUACAUUGAAUUGUCAACCGGUAAAUUGUAGCCAACCUUUAGAAAUUCCACAUGCUACAAUGGUUUAUAAUAAAAGUGCAACAUCAUUGUUUUCAUUCAAUUCAAAUGUACAAUAUAUUUGUGAUGAAGGAUAUGAAACAAUUGGAUUUCCUGUUCUUACUUGCCGUGCCGAUGGUACAUGGAAUCGUCAACCACCGGAAUGUCGACUAAAACAAUGUCCACAAUUACCAGAAUUGAAAAAUGGAAGAAUUUCAUAUUCUGAUCCGGAAAGAAGAAUUCAUUCACGUGCUAAUUAUUAUUGUGAUCAUGGUUAUCGUUUAAAUGCCAUUUCCAAUACACGUCUUUGUGGUUCAAAUGAUCGUUGGAGUCCAUUGGAACAAUAUUUCAAAACAACCACAGUAGGCAUUAAUUCUACCAUUGCUAUUACUAAAAAUUCAACGACAGAAACAUAUCAAUGUUUGCCUGUCACAUGUCCAAUACCUGUAAGGCCACAUAAUGGCUUGAGAAUUGUCGAUGUAAAUCGUAAACAACGAAUGAACAAAAAUGUAUUCACACCAGGCGAUAUAAUCAUCUUUAGUUGCAUGUCAAAUCGUAUGAAAUUAACGGCAAAAUGUCGUGAUGAUGGUGAAUGGUCCCAGGGAAUACCACAUUGUCCAAUGAAUGAAUUUUCCACACUUAAAUGUGCACCUAUCACAACAUUUUCACAUGGAACAGUAAAAAUUGUUAAUGAAACACGUGCAUUAUUCACCUGUAAUGAUGAAUAUGAAUUGGAUGGUCCAACAACAAUUAAUUGUAACGCGAACGGUGUAUGGAGUGCUCCAUUACCACGAUGUGUUGUACGAAUGAUUAUAUCGACUGAUGAUCAUGAUCAUCGUCAUUCGACUACAUUGGAUCCUAAACAUCAUAGUUCAUCACAUUUAUCCGAAUCCAACAAUAAUAAUGAUGACUUAUUGGAUAAUGAAGAACGAGCAAUCUCAAAUACAUUGCUGGUAUUGUUGAUCAUCAUUUUCAUUUUAUUAUUCAUUAUCAUUACGAUUGCCAUGAUUGCUUUUUGUCGUUGGCGGCAACGAAGAAUGAAUAGUAAAGUUUGGCAACGAUAUUUUGGUCAUUAUUAUCAUCGGCAAAGCAAAACAAAUAUCAUGUUAUCUACACAUUUUGGUAGUAAUCAUCAUCAUCAUCACCAUUUGAAUGGUGGAUCAUCAUCAUCGACAACAACUUCGACAAAUGGACAUCCAUCUACCAUUACAAUCGGUUCGAAUUUGAAUGGUGGUGCAUCAUCGUCAUCAUCAUCAUCAUCAAAUGCAAGAUUAUUACAACGGGGUAGCCGUUCAAAAUCAGCAAAUAACACUGGUACUGGUAAUGCUACUGGUGUUGCCGGUUAUUUACAAUCAUCAUUUUCAUCGGCAGAUGAAGCAACAGCCGAUCUAAAAUCAACAGCUGAAACAGUAACAUCGGAACGUGCCCGUACUAUAUCAACAUAUGUUGCUGAUGAUACUUGUGCUGAAGAUGAUGAAUACGAUGAUGAUGAUGAUGAUGAUGAAGAUGAUAUUAUGAUGAAUGAUUAUUCACCUACAUCGGUUUAUAGAUCCACUACAUUUCCCAUAUCAUCAUCAGCGGUACAACAACAACAUUCAUUACCAUUAAAUAUUCUUGGUAGUAAUACAUCCACAACAACAUUGAUAGAUGUUAAUGUUGCAAAACGAACACUAAGUUCGGGUAAUCAUAUCAACAACAAUAAUCAUCAAACAAUGAAUAGUCAAACAUUUGAUCCAAUGUCCACUGAUUUAUUUGAUACACCAUCAUCACCACCACCACCACCAACAACAACAACAACAACUUUUAUGACAAAGAAUACAUCAAAUGGUGGUGGUAUUCCUGUUACCGAUUUGUAAAUGAGAGUGGUGUAUAUUUUCACAUUGAAUUCACCACAAUCACUGGGCAGCAUUUUUUUUACUUGUGUUUUUCGCAAAAACAAAACCGUGAUUUUUUUCUUUCGCAGCUCUAAUUUUUUUUUUUCCAUUUUUCCGUUUUUUUUCAUAUUUGAAUUCACAUGUUAUUACCAUCUUUUUAAUCCAUUUUUGUCUCUUUAUUGUUUGUCUCAUUUGUACAAUUACGAUUUUAUAUAUAAAAAAUUUCUCCUUUUUU